GUGUCUCUCUCUCACGAUAAUGAUGCUCUACUUCAGAGCAGGGUAUGAAUGCGAUGCAAUCGGCUUGGUUGGAUUAACACGAUAUGUGGAAGCUGGACACAAGGCACAGAACUAAUUUCGUCUAUAGAUCCAUAGGUCGCUGGAUUAGAUAGACGAAGCGCAGCUUGUGCGGGCUGAACAUACAUAUCUGGAAUUGACAACCAUAGCCAUAGCUAAGAAAGGGAUAUUUUCCCAUUGUAUCCGUGAUUCACUAAUACCUAGAUUCGUCAUCAUCAUCAUCAUUUUGCGCGAGAGCACCACCUUUGAAAAACCGACCCAAUGCGACGCGGCGUGUCCGAAGAACCACAGUCACACAUCAUUAUCCGUACAGCAGCUAUCCAGCAGCGCGCGCCUCAAAAUUGCCUUUGCAGUAGAUGCACACCUCACCCACAAAAGGAAAACAGCCCACACAUUCCUCCUCGCGCCGCUCAAGAGAUGCAACCAUCCAUCUCCAAACAAACUACAGUUCAGUCCGGUCUUCUGACUUGUAAAGUAAUCCCCGAGAAGAUCUUCGACCACCUUUCACUGCUGCUGAUGCCCUGCUCUGUACUUCCUCUGCCCUCUCUCGGGCUUUCUUUCCUUUCCGCUCCCACGGCACGCAUGGAAAAGGACAUUCAAUCAAUCAAUCCCUCGUCCCACUUCGUACCGCUCUUCCUCUUCUUCUCCCAAUACCGCCGCCGCUCCUCCUCCUCCUCCUCCCUUACCAUUGAUGCUCUGCUGUUGCCGAUACUGCCAUGAUGUCAAAACAGCCUUCUUUCGUGUCGAAAACUCGAUUCACAUAUGAAUAUCUCGUAGACCAGACAGGCAGACAGACAGAAAAGGGGGGAAUGAAUUGCGCCUCA